ACAUGGCCAGUUUAAAUGUUUGAAGCAGAUAUCAUGAGUUUGAAACCGCUUUGAGCGGGUUUUUGCGAGGCAGGAGCGAGACAGUCUACAGUUGUGCCAUCUGACAUGCGUUUCCACAUUAUUGUCGCCGCUGUCUUUUGGUGUGGUUUCGUAGACUCGCGGAAAAUAAGAGGAAUAUCUUCGUCCUACAAGCGGUUCUACAGGGAGAGAAAGUCAUUUCUGUGCAUUGAUGGAUCGAAGAUGAUCCCCUUUGAACAGGUCAAUGAUGACUACUGCGACUGUGAAGAUGGCUCUGAUGAACCAGGCACCUCCGCCUGUCCCCGUGGCCGAUUCUACUGCACCAAUCUGGGUUUCCGCCCACACUACAUCCCAUCAUCGCGUGUCAAUGAUGGCAUCUGUGAUUGCUGCGAUGCUUCAGAUGAAUACAACAGCCACGCUCGCUGCCAGAACACUUGCUGGAAUCUGGGACAGAGAGAGAGAGCAUAUGUGGAGGGCCAGAUGAGGACCUUGGACGAGGGUUUGCAACUCAAGCAGCAACUGAUUGAGGAGGGAGUGCUGCUCUGGAGGGAGAAACAGGCUCAGCUCAGAGAGCUUCAGCAGGUCGCCGAGGACCUACAGAUCAAAUUAGAAGAACACAGAAGGAAGAAACACGAGGCCGACCGACUCAAAGAGCAAACACUGAAGGCACUGGAAGCAGGGGACAGCAGUUUCAGACGUCACAACAGCACAGUAACCAGCACUUUCAACUUACUGGACAGCAAUAAAGAUGGCAGUAUAACCGUGGAUGAAGUCCAGGCUAAAGUGGCACUGGUCCACGAUGAAGAGAGAGUUCUUUCUGAAGAUGAAGCAGUAGCUUUAUUGGGAGGCCAUCAGAUGGAUCUCACCAAGUUCCAACACACACUCUGGGACAUCCUGACAAAAGAGGACAGUGUCAAGAUCAAAGACGCACAUGGUGCACCAGGCAGUCCUGUGGAUGAAGAUCCUCACCUAAAGGCAGCUGACAGAGCUGCAGAGUGGGAGGCUACAAAUCUGAAGAAGGUAGAAGAAGCCUAUGAGACAGUCAACAUGGAAAUAAGUGAUCUCCGGAAGAAGCUGGCCAUAGACUAUGGACCAGAUUGGGAGUUUCUGUUUUUGAACAGCCAGUGUUACAAGCUGAAUGUUUACGAGUAUACUUAUACCCUGUGCCCAUUCAAUCAAGUCACACAAAAGAGCACUGCAGGAACAGAGGUCUCAUUAGGGAUGUGGGGGAUGUGGGCAGGAACACCAAAGAACCAGUACAGUCAGAUGGUGUAUGAGAAUGGAGAACCCUGCUGGCAAGGAGGUUCACGCUGUACUACAGUCACACUGACAUGCGGAACGGAGACAGCCUUGCGAUCGGUGAAGGAGCCCAGCAAAUGCCAGUACAUCAUGGACUUUCAGACUCCUGUGGCCUGUCAGCCGGUGCUGAAGCAGCGGGGCAUACACAGUGAACUGUGACCCCUUCCCUUACUGGCCUAGCCUAGAUUAACUUAGCCCCCGUUGGCUAGCCCGCGGUGACAGGCCGGGGUCCUGAGGGUCCCCUCUGACAUCUGUGUUGUCAGAACAUAUAUACUUCCAAGCAAGUCUUGCUGAGGUCACAAUGUGAUUUUCUGUUACACUGCUCAGAGACCACUUUAGUUUUCAUUAAUUGGUUUUAUGGUUUUAUUUUAUUUGCACAGUUAGAAUUACACUAAAUGACAAAUAUAACAUAUAAUGUAAAGUGCAGGGAGAGGCAGAAAACCAAGAUGGGCUUAUUUAAAGCCUCCACCUAAAAUUUCAUUAGAAAGUAAUAAACUGAUAAUAGAAAAAACAAAUGUAUGACAUCAACAAGUUAUAAUGACAAUAACAAAAACAACAUGUUAAAGUGUAUUUGUGUUUGAACUAGAAUUUAAAAACAGCAGUUAAAUGAGCUUUCAGACAUCUUUUGAAGCAUUUUACAGAGAUGCAGUCCUUUGCCAGAUGGUAAAAGGUAUUCCACAAUUUGGUCCCUAAAUUGAACAAUAAAUUGACCUCUGCAUGUCAGAAAUCUUGGAGGAUGAAGAUCUAAAAAUUGUUACAGUGUUGCUUUAUAUUUCCAUGUGUUCAUAUUUGAAUAGUAUUUACUGAAUGACUUGGUGUACAUUUAUUCUUCACAAUGCAGUAAUUUUACACUUAAGGCCCUACAAGAGAACUUUGUAAAUAAUUGAAUAACUACAGUGGAUCUAGAUCAAUGGCAGGGCCUAAUGACAUUUCCAGUCAUGUAACUGCUGUAUUAAAUAACUGCCCAUUCAUGAGCAAAAAUAAAAGGAUGUGUCCUUCUACUUCAUCAUCUUGGAUACCUUACUUAACUCUUCAAGGUUAAAUACAUUACUGGUGACAUUUAAUAACUUUCUUUUUUUUCAAUAAACUCCAUGAAAAGAUCAAAGCAACAAUGAGUUGAUCCUGUGUAGCCAAAGUGAAAUAUAGCUUAGCACAAGGCUCCACUGUAAUCCACCAACUAUUAUUACACAUCAGUGAGCCACACUGUAACACUGUGGCUUCAUUAUAAGCAAUGCUUUUAAAUCCACCAUCCAUACACCACCUUUCUGCUGUAAAUAUUCACUCAAUCACCAAAUGUGUAUUAGUCCACAGCUGAAAGUAGUCCCCAGCAAUUGCACUAUUUAUUCCUAUUUGAGGAACAUUUGCUAAAAACUACAUUGCCCAGCUGGCAUAUGGAAUUAUUUAGCCUAUUUUCAAAGUCACUAUAUAUAUAUAUAUAUAUAUAUAUAUAUAUAUAUAUAUAUAUCAUCGCUACGGACAGAGUAGGGAAGUAAAAAAUAUCAUCGACAGAAGAAGUUACACAUUGUUGGCUUUGGUCUUUUCAAGAUUUCCAAAGUGUUUUCUUGUCUUGUUGACAAUGGGGCUGCAACUCACGAUUAUUUUUAUUAGCGAUUAAUCUGACGAUUAUUUUCUAAAUUAAUCAAUGAAUUGUUAGGUCUAUAAAAUGUCCAAGGUCAAGUCUUUAAAUGUCCUUUUUACCCAAAGAAAGCAGCAUUUUCUGUGAAAAUUACCUAAUUCGGCGAUCAAAAUAAUUGCAGA